AGCGGCGCGCCGGCCGCAGGCGGGCCGCGGCCCGUUGGCGUCUCGCGGGCGCCCCCCCCCGCGUGGGCGCGGUUUGCGCCCUGGGGAGGCCGACGCCGAGGGUGGCAUGCCGGCGGCUGCGGCUGCGGCUGCGGCGGCACAGGCUGUUGCUGCGAGAGGCGAGCAAAAUGGGACGAAGACGCUGCUUCUUAGGAGCGGAGGCAUGCUGGGCAGCGCCAGCGGCGGGACGACCAAGUUGGCGACUUCGCUCUCAGGCACGGUGCCAGCGCCUUCCUCGGGCGUGACCUGGUCUCAGUUGCAGAACUUCUUGUUCCCGGCGAACCUGGAGCACCCCGAGUCCACGGGGCGCCUGGAGCUCUUCGCGCAGCACGGCCCGGUGGACCAGAGCAGCCGCCUGCGCGGCGGCCGGGGCGGCAAGCACGUGCACACGGACGCAGAAAUCCGCCUCAUGAUCAAGAACGAGACGCGGGAGGCGCUGUUCGCGGUGAUCGGCAAGCCGCGGGACACGGCCGAGGUGGUGGUAGACCAGCUGCUGCCAGUGGCCUUGGUGCACAACUACACGUUGUCCGAGAUCAAGCACAUCCUGAAGGACGUGCCCGUCGGGAGCAGCGGGCAGAUGGACUUUGCGGACCUCCAGGACGCCAUCCUCGCCAACCAGCAGCGCAGGCUGAAGGCUCUGGUGAAGCACCGCGGCGGCGUGGUGAAGGAACGCGGCCCCGUGGUACCUUACCAGAGCGCUGCGGCGGACGCGUUGAUGGAGGUGACCCGCAGGAAGAAGGUGUCCCACCCGGAGGAGCAGUUGGCGAGGCUGAAGAAGCUUCAGUCCGGUUGCACGCUGAUCGCUGGGCUGGAGGAGCAGAACCUGACCAACUCGCUCACGGCCAAUGUCCAGCUGAUCCGCGGGCUUGGCUCCGUCAGCGACAGGUGGGACCGCUACUGUGCCUUGAGGCGCACAGGCAAGAGCUCCUACGUGGAGGCGGGGCAGGAAAAUUCUGUAUGUUCACAUUGAUCGUGCGUUGAGCAAUUUCUGCUUGAGAGCGACUCGCGUAAGGGGACAGCCAAAGGCAAUCUCUGGAGGAGGUGGAUGAGCCAGCAGUAGAUCUCAGGCCAAUGGAAAUCAAUGCUCAAGCCAGAAUCCAGAAUGAUGUGGCCGUUCUCGAAUUUUUGACGGGCGUCGAUGGCACGUGGUUGUUUGAAAUCGGGGCGUUGCAAUUUUUCCACACCAGGUUUUUUCUCCCAGCAUCAUCGGGUCCGGGGGCCAUCACACAUGCCUUAAUAGAAACAGCAGAAAGAUGGGGCUAUGGAGCUCCAGUAGUGAGUGUCCGCGAUGCUGCAAUUUUUGUCACAACGUCGGAUCUCAGAGUUCAUUGGCCUUCUGCAUUCCCCCACGCAGCGAGAUGCAGCCCGCGAGCGCCACUCGGCGAUCUCACCCGCGAGGGCCGGAGAAUCUGAUUUUGUGCACAAGCGACGCUUGCCCCAGAACGCACCACUGCCCAUCCUGCCACCAAGGGACCCGCGCAAGAGCGGCGCGGCUAUCCUUGGAGCAGAUUAAAGGCCCAGUGGAGGGCCGCGGGAUCCAAGACCCGUCAUGACCCGUUUCCUUCACGCCAUUCGAGGUUUGUACAGUUUACGCAUUCCAUCCCACGGGCCAGGGCGAGUAGCUAUCCAGUGAGAUUUGUCAGAGGUGCAGAGGUCUUGACGCUUCACGCAUCCCCACCAGCCCAUCCACAAAAGAUGUCCGCGAGAGCUGUCUGCUUCGAGCGGCGAUAGAUGCACUCACUGCGGCGGCGUUUGGAGCAAGCUCGAACAGCCGUCACAUGGAACACGUCGCUUGACAGUGGGUUUUCUUAGCCCGUUCCAGGGCUCUUUGCGGCGACCGCUCGGACAACGCCGACGUGUGUCACGUGUGUCUCAUCUAUUGUUUUUUAGCCCAUGUUGCAUUGGCGAGAUUCGCUCAUGGAGCGGAGAUGGACGAUGACUUAAGAGAAGGAUUUUAAGACGAUGCGCACGACGUUGGCG